AUGGUGAUUGGAAGUACAAUUGAUAAUGGAGUCAAAGGUGAACCGAUAUUAGAAUGUUCAGCAGAUAGCAUGACUAUUAAUUUUACGACCGAAAAAGAAUUUGAAGGACAUGUUUACGUGAAAGGCCAUUAUGAUGAUAGCUUAUGUCGGAUGGAUGCUACUUUAAAGAAGAAUGUUAAUUUUACCGUACCAUUUUCUGUAUGUGAUGUACGGAGACAACGUUCGAGCAGUCCGAGAGGUCUUUACGUGUGCAUUACUGUGAUCAUCACUUUUCAUCCGAUGUUCAUCACAAAAAUUGAUAAAUCAUAUGACGUCAAGUGUUUUUAUACAGAAACAGAUCGCAGUGUGACAGCACGGCUUGACGUUAGUUUGAGUGGCGAGCAACAAAAAAAGAUCAUUGUAAUGAUUGGUGAUGAGAAGCAUCAUGUUGGUGCUCUGGGCAAUGGUACAAUAGAUGAUUUUGAUACUGGCGCAAUUUCUAAUCAAGUAAUCACGCAACAAAUAGCACUUCCAUCUUGUCGAUAUCAAGUUCUCAUAGACGGACCUCGAGGUCCUCCAGUGAAAUACACAUCCGUUGGACAACAAGUAUAUCAUCAGUGGUCGUGUGCAGAUAAAGAUGGAAGAGUUCCAGAAACGAAUUUAUACUGUACUACUGUUCAUUCAUGUGUUGUCAAAGAAGAAAGUGGUAAAGAAGUUCAAUUGCUAGACGAAAAUGGCUGUACGCUAGAUAGAUUUUUAUUGAAUAAUUUAGUAUAUACAUCUGAUUUGACUGGUGGACAGGUAUCCCAGGUAUUCAAAUUUGCUGAUCAAUCAUCACUAUAUUUCCAUUGUCAGAUACGAUUGUCAUUGAAACGCGGAAGUUGUAAGAGAACAAGUGAUGAAUGUCCAGUAGGAGGAUUAACACGAGGUAAAAGAGAAUCGCCAAUUAGUCAACAAAGCUUUUCUAAUGAUGCUAUAGUAGUUGACGUAUUUUCUCAAUCGAUGACAGUAUUCGAUAUUGAUGAUCAAAUAAACGAUCGUUCAUUGCAAAAAUUCGAAAUGAAGCAACCAAAUCGUGCAGUGUUGUGCCUAACUCCUAUCUCAUUCGGCUUCCUUAUUGCAGUUUUUAUUAUGGAACUUCUGAUUUCUACUAUAUCAGUUAUUAUCUUCUGCCGAAAAUCUCAUUAUGAUCAAAAUUACUGUAGUGAUUCAUUUACAAAUAUUGUAAAUAAUCGUUGA